CAGCUGAAUAAAGUUGGGCGGGUUUGAAUGAAAGAUGGCGGCCGUCGCAGCAGCGGGAUGUCAACACUAUGUCCGCAAGUGUUUAUUAAAAGCUCCAUGCUGUAAGAAGUUCUAUGUGUGUCGGCUGUGCCAUGACGAUGUGGAGAGUCACACACUGGACCGUUUUGGGGUGAAGGAGGUGAAGUGUGCCGUGUGCGACUGCGUGCAAGAGGCUCAGCAGGUGUGUGGAGGCUGUGGAGUGACGUUCAGCGAGUAUUACUGCCAGAUCUGUCACCUCUAUGAUCGAGACAGGAAGCAGUUCCACUGUCAGCCGUGUGGCAUCUGCAGGAUCGGCCCGAGGGAGAAGUUCUUCCACUGUGAGAAGUGUAAUCUGUGUUUAGCCAACGAUCUCCAGGGCAAGCACAAGUGUGUCGAGAAUGUGUCGAGGCAGGACUGCCCUGUGUGUAUGGAGGACAUUCACACGUCCAGGAUCGGAGCUCAUGUCAUGCCCUGUGGUCACCUGCUGCACAAGACAUGCUUUGAGCUGAUGUGCAAAAACGGUGCCUAUCGGUGUCCUCUUUGCAUGCACUCGGCGUUAAAUAUGGAGGAGUACUGGGAGGAGCGGGAUAUAGAGAUCGCUCAGUCCCCUAUGCCACCAGAGUUCAAGAACCGGAAAGUAAAGAUCCUGUGUAAUGACUGUCAGCAUCGGUGUACUGUAGACUUCCACGUCUUGGGGAUGAAGUGCAGCGGCUGUGGCUCCUAUAACACCUCACAGGACUGAAUCAUCAUCAUCAUCAAACUGAGACUGAAAUGCAUCACUCUUUUCAUCCAGCUUAUCAUCUCCUGUUCCCUUCUUCCUUCCUCCUCGAUUUGACUAACAACCGGCUUCAUCGUUAUCUGAAACGUUGUCCUGUUCAGCCGGAGUUUAUUUCCAUCUCCUCUCUCUCUCUGCCUGUCUGUCUCUCCCUCUCCUACCUUGUGCAGAACAUCUGGAGUGAAAGCAGUUCAGUCAUCCUGAGCAUGUGGUGUAGAGCUGAGUAAUAAUAUUUACAGCGUGUGCUGGAUAUACAGUAUAACUGCUGUGGAAAUGAUUCAUGAGGAGGAUUCAGACAUCUCCUGCAUGAGCUAACAUAAAAACAACAGAAACCUAAGCUAACUGUAUAGUCAUUGUGAUAAAGCUAAACUCAUCUCCAGUGAGUUCAGUGACAGACAUGACCCAAAAUAAAGACGAUAGCUCAGUAACAGCCUGUACCUGAAGUACAUCAUGAACCUGUGUUUCAUCCUAAACCUUUUCAUUUUAAACAUAACCCAGUCCUUUUUGGAAGAUCUUGAAUUGAGAAUGUUUAAGAAGCUGGCCAUCGCACCAUAUUUCCUGUCUUUGUGUGAUUAUUUUCAGCUUAUAGGUCUGAUGUCAUUUGUGAAUACAGAUGAAGACAUGUAUGGAUAAAUAUUAAUAGUAAUAAAAAAAACCACAGGAAUUCAUGCUGUUUCACACAGUCUGUAAAUUAUUCAAUGUAAAUAAAGCAGAUAUUGUUUUCA